AUGAGAAAUUUAUUUAUUUUGUUAGGCUACCUAGUGUUUAAGUUAAAUUCUGUUAAAAUGUCAUGUCAAUAUUUAUAAUUUCAACCGUUUUUCAAUUGCUAUGCAUACAUCUCUGGCUGUUACUUUUUGGAUGGAGAUGAUGAAGAUUAUUCAAAACUUUAACAUGUUGACAAUUAAAUUAUAACACCUUCAUUCAUAAUCCCUUAGUAAGAAGAUCCAUUGAUCAUAAAAAUUAUUGAUGCCUUGGAUUACAAGAAUAAAAUACAAGAAAGGCUGAUAUGCUCCUUAAUUCGUAAAUUUGAAUAUCUUAUCGUUUGUACAAGCGUUGAUUUAGUUUAUUAAGAGGAUUCAGUUAAUGUUAAUGAGAAGCUUAGAUUUUAUACUAAAAUUGUAGGGACAGAACUCUGUGGUGAUAUGGAUAUAAAUGAAGAUGGAAGUUUAAAUAUAUUUUGUUUAAGUCGUUUUACUUUAAAAUAAUAUAAUUUGAAUCUAUCAAAUAGGAAUACUACAUUAAUUUAGGAGUUUGAUUUUCAAGACUAAAUAUAAAAUAGGUGCAAAUUUAAAUAUANGUGCGGAGAAGGUGCAAGGUGA